ACGGAGUAAAUGGUUUUGUAGAAUAUGGUCACCUAUCUGAAAUUAGCGUUGAAUUUGGUGUACUGGACCAAGUGGUAAUCUUUAGUGAUAAGCCAAUCACUUACUUGUACAAAAAUAUAGGACUGACGUUAAUGGAUUACUAAUCAGUGUUUUUUAGUUUCAGAUAACUGAACUCGCAAUGGCUGAUGAAGAGGAUAAACAAGUUACAAAUAAUUUUGAUUUGUACCAAGAGAAGGUUAAAAGGGAAAUAAAAUCGCUGAAGGAUGUGUGUGUGGACUUUGCAAAGAGUUGCCAACAGAAGGAAAAAGAGGUCACUGCUGUAUUUUCAAAAUUAAAGGAAACGGAAAUAAGCUUUUCAGAAAAUGUUGACGGAUUACAGAAGGAACUUGAAAAACUCAAGGCGGAAAUGAUCGUCAAAGAAAAUAAAUUGACAGUUGCUGAAAAGAACCUGCAAGCUUUUAAAACAAUGUUAAAUACCAGUGAGAAACAGUGUAAAGAACACAAAUACCUAAUAAACCAGAUGAGAGAAGAGUUGAAAGGCAUGAACGAAUUGGCCGAAAAGGACAUACAAAGUCAAAGCACAAUAGCUUAUCUUCAGGACAAGCUGCAGCAGCAACAAAAAGAAAAUAACAAAUUGCAGACAGACAAGCAACAACUUAACAAUGCAAAUAAGUUGAUGAAGUCUGCCUGCCAGCAAAAGGAUGCAGAAGCAAAACACUAUUACGCUGAAUCGCAGAGGUACAGUUUGGAGUAUGAAAAUUCUGCAAAACAACUCCAGGGUUCUCAAGAAGCUCGGAAUCAGCUUGAAAAAGAGAAAAAAUAUCUUUUUUUAAGAUUGAGCAGAAUUGCUGACACAAAUCCUACUUAUCGAAACCCAAAUAUUGCUGACUUGGGAGAUCCAAACCGUCCAACAAAACAAGCAGAAGUAUUCAGUGAGAUAUAUGAUGACGAGUGGAACGACGCAUAUGAGACUGUUUUGGAUGACGAAGAAAAAAAUAAAAUUAAUUUCAUGCUUAAUUUAUUGAAGGAUGUUGAUACAAUUUGUGAAGACGUAAGCAAACGACAUGCCGAUGCAAUUACUGAUGGUCUACCGCAAAUGGUUGUCAGGGUUAAAGUAAGAAAAUGUCCAACUGAUCCAAAACGUAAAUAUGAUGAACGUGGGUUAAAACUUGUGGAUACACACCUAGAAAGCACUGCAUGCACGGCAGAUGUUCUAGCAACUGGUAAGUUUCGAAAGAAUGAGCCCUCAACAUCGAAGAGAAACGAUGGUGAACAGGGCGAUGCACUAGUUACGAAUGGAAAUCUUUCUAAGGAAAAUAAAGGUACAAACCCAAGUCCAAGCAAAAUUGGGAAUAGGAACAACCAUUUAGAGCCAACCAAAAUCGGUAAUAAACAGAUCGAUGAAACAGCUACGGAAGGAAAAGCUUCCACAGACAAUGCAAACAUCAGUGCGACCCAAAGCGAGAACAUAUCAUUGGAUACAAGGGAUGGAGCAGACGUGUUUAAUGACAACACAGUCAUUAAAGACAAUGAACAGCAUGAACAGGCUGAAGUCGACUCCGAAUUUGGUGAAGGCAAAGACGAAAAAGUUGAUAAAAAAACAUCAACUGUCAACCCAGAACAAAAAAACACAGGCUAUAUGGAGAAGAUAGAGUAUGAGGAGAAAAGUGAAGUCAUACAAUUUGAUUUUGAUGAGCUACCUACAGAGCAAAAGCUAAUUAUCGAGGACAUCAGACACAGAAUAAAAUACGACAUGACGGAAAAAGUGAUCGAGGCGAUAUGUAACGCUGUAAUCGAGGAGAUGGGUCCAAACCAGACCGACGAAAUACGUACUUACAUCUCGAAAUGUUCUCUGUUUUGCUGGACUGCCCGUUGGCACAACCCACCCGUUUACGUUGAUUUCAUGGAGGUUACGGAAAACAUGCGUUUUGACAUGAACGUAUACAAGCCGUACACAAAGACGGGACCCAUCGUAGAUUACAUCGUCUGGCCUCCUAUAUAUUUAUUUAAAGGUGGACCUAUGCUUUGCAAAGGUGUUGCACAAGGGAAGAGAAAUUGAAUGGACAUUCAGAGACUUUUCGUCUUUAUAUAUUAGUCAGAAACCAUUUUGCACAUUAUAUUAUAUGUUUGAAAAGAGACCUUAUAAUGAAAUAUAACCAGAAGUUAAAUUGUAUUUUAUGCUCUUUCUAUCGAAAUAAAAUAACAUUCAAGAAUAUGUGUAUAAAUAUGAUAAAAAAAUACAUUCAUAUACCUGUAUUAUUCGCAUUGACUUUGAAGCAUACUUACUACGUACACCUCUUUCGUAAAUAUCAUACUGAGUAUUGUUAAAAACAUUUUUUAACAAUCUACGACCAUUUUCCAGACAUGACUAAUUUAUCAACAUAAUUAUGUAAAUUUAUAUAAAAAAACAUUAAUUCAUUCCUAUGCAAUAUCUCUUCAAUACUUAGACUUAAACUGUAUCUGUUGUUGUUAUAUAAAUUUUCUGAGAACAUCAACAUGAUCCUGCGAAACGGCAAGUAUUCCUCAUUUCGUGUUGUUGAAGUGAUUUGUUAACAACACUUUGUGAAAAAUGUAAGCGAGUGAGGAUCCGAUUAUAACACUUAGACUAUUUUACUAAAUAUAAGUUGUAAGUACAAGCGAUGCCUGUUUAAAUCAUUAUUAAUUUUAAUUAAUAAGUUACCUGAUAGCUACACUAACAAUGAUGUUAAAAUUGGAUAGUGGUGACUCUAUAUAAUAUUGACAUCUAUGGAUUAAUUAUAGAAUAAUACAUGGUUGACCAUGGUUUUGGGCGGGCAAUUAUUCCUUCCACUGGGGCAAUUAUCAACCAAAAGCCAUGGUCAACCAUGUCUUAUCCUGUAUAAUACAUAUGUUUUGUUAUUUGUCAAUGAUUUCAAAUAAUUUAAAGAUUAUUUUGUGAGGUAAUAAAGGAUAUUUGUCUUAUGAUUGGCAUGUAGUUU